AUGUUAUGGUUUGCAAUAGCGUGUAUAUCUGUCGCGUUGAAUGCCGUGCUUCUCCAGCAGCUGCUGUCCGUAAGAGUUGGAUGUGACGCCAUACAGAAGAUCCAGCAAGCCAAUGGGUCUAUGUCAAUGUCAGACAUGCCAGCACGUGACAUUGCAGAGUUGGGGCAGCUUUUCUUCAGGCAGAAAGUCAGUGAGUUGUUGAUGGCCAAGGAGGUUCAAGAGGAGAUUGGGUUCAGCAGCGAGGCUUGGGAAAAGGAAAACCCUCUGACGGGACUAGCCGUGGAUUUGUUGAGUGUGGAGAUAGCACCGGAAGAGCUGAACGAAUUGCGAAACACAACGGUGAAACGCUUGGUGGAACGUUUGAACGAGCAUGGUGUAGUAAUUGUCAAAGGCCUCCACGCGCCGAAGGAUUGCAGACAGGCAGCUGAGUUUGUUCAUCGUGAGAUUCUGUCGCCUUGGGCCACUUUCAGCAACAUACGUGACAACAAGUACCGCAAAGACUACGCACUUCCGAUGCGGGGCCCGGCCAUCCAGUUGUUGAACAAGACCUUGUCAAUUUUGGAGCCAGUGUUUACAGCAACUUUGGGCCCGAAUGCAAGUUUGGUCGAGUUUUCAUCGCUGACAACAUAUGGCGGCGCAGGGCCUCAGGAAUUUCAUGCGGACUCCAGCGUCACGUCAGUCCGGCAGAUACGAUCCUUGGGCCGCAUGUUCUCGGCCUUCAUUUAUUUGGAUGAUGUGCGCUCCGAUUCGGCGCCGCUGGAUGUUGUGCCAGGUACGCAUACCCACUACCAGUUUCUAGGUGAUGAAGAGACAGAAAUGAUGACCAGUGUUCCUUUCGCCCGUCUUGCUGUACCGCAGGGGAGCAUUGCCAUUUACGACUCGCGUGCCUUACACCGUGGUGCAGCCAACACAUCUCCGUUUGCCCGGCCGACGAUAUAUUUUUCUCUUGCUGAACGGCGCAAGUUUAUUCCAAUCGGCCCUGUGUACUCCCUGCGGCAGGGUUAUAGACGCUUCCCGAUCGCAAUUCAAAAUGUUAUAAGAAACUCGAUACCUGAUGAGGUGUUGGCGGAUGGUGUGCCCGUACACAGCGACGAGAGAUGCGCCGAGCAGUUGGAGCAGCUGUGCCCCACAGACAAGUUCAACGGGGAUCCAGACCGGCGCUUCGAUUGCGCCUGGUUUUACUUCACCGGCGACGGAGAAUCAGCUGAGGUUCGACGCAUGGGAAAGCUGCAGCCUCUUCAAUUCACGGACCAUCCUGGGGUGAAGGAGGAUUUUCAGAUGGCGGACGAGGAUGAUGAUGACCGUGAUGCUCAGCUCGAGAAGGACAGGGAGAACCUUCGGGAUGCGGAUGGCAAUAUUGACUACGAGGCAGCGCUGGCCUUGACGCUCACACGUGGCGGAUCCUACCGCUCCUAUCCCCUGGACCGCCGCAUGCCGAACUGCGGUGUUGCGAGCCGCAUGGAGAUGCUUCUCAAGCGGGGCAUCUUCGCGGACGACUUCGCUGCCAACGUCAGCUGGGGCAAGCUCGGGCUCCGCUCCCAAAGGGAGGAGUUCAAUGGCUCCACAUGA